AGGCAUCGCCACAUGACGGAGAGGUGCGCGGUCGGUUGCCAGAGAGAGACGAGAGAGAGAUCAGCUGCGCUGUGCUUGUUGCGAGAGGAGAGGGCCUGCCACCAUUAAAGAAAGGGAGGAGGAGGAGAUGGCCUAGUCGUGGCCCCCCUCGACGCGGCUGUCUCUUGCGGGCGGCCACGAUCCCAACAGGGAGCGGGUCCAAACCGAGUCAUUUUCUCCCUCCAACCUCCACAGGAUCCGCGGCGAAAUUCUUUCUUCUUUCCUGUCCGCGGACAGGGCGAUGCUGCAAGUGCAACAGCCCACCAGCCGUUCUCCGGCCGCGUAUUUCUCCGCUCGAUCAUCCUAUUCCUAGCUGCUGCCCUGCCCGCGCGCGACAAUGCCGGCGUCGCCGCCCUCCCGGUCCCCGGAGAUCACCAGCGUUUGCUCUGACUCCGACUCCGAGGAGACGUCGCCUGUGAUCACCAACAGCGGCGGCGGCGGCGGGUUCGUGGUGCAGCUGGUGUCGAGGGACGUCUCGGACGGGCUCCUGGGCAAGUUCGCGGACACCAGCGAGUUCGACUUCGACUACGGGAGGAGCGGGCUCUGGUCGCCGCUGGUGCUGCGGCCUGAGGUCCUGCUCCUCGCCCAGGCGUCGGCGUCGUCGGCCCGGCGCCGGCAGCGGCGGUGGCGGUGGCGGAAGCGGAGGAAGAUGCUCUGCCGCUGCUUCUGACGCGACGUUCGCUUUGGAUGCUUCGUCCGAGAAGCAACUGUAGUUCCUCCAUGGUUUGCUCUGCAGACCGCUGUACAUCCGCAUGUAGCAUACGAUGAUGAUCGAAGACCAACCAGUAGCAAGAGAGCAUGUAAAUACGUACGUGGUUACUCUGCACUGUGCACUGCUUUGUGGUUGGUGAUGAUCCCGGGAAGCACCCCAGGUGCGCUGUAAUUGCUACAGGAUUCUUCUGAUGAUUGUACUCUUGUGGUUGGUAAUGUUCCACGCGAUGUUUGUUCAUGUGCUCUACCUAUACCUACUGAUUUGAGACCAAAUCCAUGGGCCAUGGCCGUGCCUCGUUGUACUGGUGGAGGAAAGUAAGGUGGACCUUAUCAUCGAUCA